UCUAAAACCAUUUUCCACAAAGCUAUUUGUUUUCAUGCGUUUCUGCAUUAGCUUCUUCAUCGGAUUGAGGUGAAUGGAACACUAAAAUGGAUCUCUGUUACGAGGCUUUGAAUGGAUCCUGUGGGAAGUAUGUACGACCGUAUGGUGUCUAUGUUUCUAUGCUCAUUGUUAUGAUGUUGACCUCCAUUGUCACCGUCAUUGGGAAUGUACUGGUCAUCAUCUGCAUUGGACAUUUCAAGCAACUCCACACAUCAACAAACCAGCUGAUUUUAUCUCUCGCCCUGUGUGACUUUCUCCUUGGGCUGUUUGUCAUGCCGUUGAGCGCCGUCCGUUCCAUGCAGGGCUGUUGGUACUUUGGUGAUUUCUUAUGUAAGUUACACACAUGUACAGACAUGACUCUCAGCACUGCUUCGAUUUUCCACCUUGUGAGUGUGUCGGCUGAGCGAUGUUGCGCCGUGUGCAGCCCAUUAACAUAUCAUUAUCGUUUUGGUUUUCCAAUGGUGCUGUUAAUGAUCUCCAUCAGCUGGUUGAUUCCUGCCAUAUUCGCUUACGCGACUACCUACUUCGAACUCAACCUUUACGGCGACAGGGACUUCUACAAAACCCACAUAAGCUGUGUGGGAGGGUGCCAUGUCUUUUUCAGUCACGUACCGGCGGUGAUCUCUUCACUUGUUUCCUUCUACAUUCCUAGCCUCAUCAUUAUCGGCAUUUAUUCUAGAAUUUACAUGGUUGCCCGAAACCAAAUGAGAUCUAUUAGUCUUCAACUGAACCAGCUGAGAAGAGCUUAUCCAUCGGAAGGCAUGCACUGUCAGGGACGGAAAGCUACGAUAACAGUUGCUAUAGUGGUUGGAGUUUUCCUUGUUUGCUGGACUCCUUUUUUCCUCUGUAAUGUUAUGAAUCCCUUUAUUGGCUACACAACACCCCCAAUGCUGAUUGAUGCUCUUGUUUGGUUUGGUUAUGUCAAUUCCACCUUAAAUCCGUUCAUUUAUUCAUUCAGGCAUUCUUGGUUCCGAAAUGCUGUGAGGGUUAUAGUAACUGGGGAAAUAUUUCAGAACAAUAGCAGCAGAAAACAGUUGUAAAAACACUUGUAACUAAGGCCUAAUUUGGAAAAACACAGCAUAGACAAAUUGCUUUGAAAAACAAUUAAGCUACUGGUCAAAAGUGUGCAAAUGCAACCAAAACUCAGCUCAAAGUUGCAUUAAAUGUGAAGUUCCUGUAUGUGUUCUUGUAUUAAUUUGGAGCCUGCCUUCCUGCCAUAAAAAUAUCCUUCAGCUCUCUGAUGUUGUUAUGUGACGCUUCAGAAAAUUAUAAUGUGUAUGUUUCAAUGCUUUUAUGGUGUAGAUAGUUAGGCUUGUUUGUGAACAGUUUAUGCAAUAAAACAGCAUCAUAGCUAUGUGCACCAACAUGAUAAUGCUAAUAACUGACUUAAUAAUACAUUUAUAAUGAUGAUUUUUAAGAAUGCAUAUUUACUCUAAUUUUUUUGUAUGACUUAAAACAUGCAGUUACUUUUUUUCGUACUGUUUAUGUUGUUUUUGAAGUUCUUGUGCAUCUGAUGUACAUAACUAUUUUUUGCCUCUGUUACUUCUUUCUACAUUCUACUAUUCUAUUUAAUAUGUUGUUUGGAUUAAUGCAUGGAUGUGUGCUCUUCAUCUUAUGUCUGUCAUUUCAUAUAGACCAAAGUCUGUGAUAAAUGGGUGAUUAUGGGUUGAUGGGUCAUUAGUGCUGUAGAGUCUGUUGUUGUGUUCAUCCUAAUGAGUGACAGUGUUAACGAUGGGACUUCACACAUUUGGAUUUUGAGGCAUGUUUGAGAGUCAUUAAAAUGAAUUGGUUGUAACAAGUCUCAUGGGAAAAACAGAAAAACAUUACAUCACUACAGAAGAGUGUUUGUGUGAAUGGGGCCUAUGCAUGUGUUUUUAUGUGACAAAAUUAAUAUGCAUUUUAAUGUACCUUUAAUUGUUAUAUAACUAAAAUGUAAUAUGUUAUCUUAGAAAAUGUCUGUGUUAAACAAGUAUACUUUAAGAGACAUAUGCAUUAUUGGUUC